AUGUUCUCUACUUCAGAUCAGAUUGAUUUGUCUAGCUUUUUAUCCAGCGGGUCGGGUCAAGAAAACUCGAUGAGUUUACCAGUGCCGAGCAAUGUUCGGGAAGCUGAGGAUAAUAAUGUUGUCAGAAAUAAGCCGAAAUCGGGUAGGAAAAAGAAGUACAUUCCACCAAGAGUAGCAUUUCACACGAGGAGUGCAGAAGAUAUUCUUGAUGAUGGGUACAAAUGGAGAAAGUAUGGGCAGAAAUCUGUUAAGAAUACCGUCCAUCCAAGGAGCUAUUACCGGUGCACGCAUCACACGUGCAAUGUGAAGAAGCAGAUACAAAGGCUGUCGAAGGAUACUGGAAUUGUCGUGACAACUUACGAAGGCAUUCACAACCAUCCCUCAGAAAAACUAAUGGAAACGCUGAGCCCCCUUCUCAAGCAGCUUCAGUUCCUGUCCAGAUUCUGA